AGGAGCACUUCUUGCUGCCCAGGCCAGUGCCGACCAUCUUAUUAACGCGAUAACGUACGCAGAACACCGCAGAGCAGCCGCCUACCGCUCUUGAGACAGGUGCCGUCGAACACGCCAGUCGUCGCGACAGCAGCACUGCCAAUGGCUGCCACCCAGCCGGGCGCCGGCUGGACCGAAAGCGCUCCCUUGCAGGACGCGGGGAGCCCGCGCACCCACGCGCAAGCGCGAGCGCGGGACGGCACGCUGAAUACCUCAUCAAACAUUGUUCUGUUAUACCGCAUGCACGAGCUGCGAGGCCUCGCGUUCGUGAACUUCGUCCUAGCAUUACUGACGUUGUUAUACCUGGCGAUGAACUUGGUAUUACUCUUCUUGACAUUAAAAAGCUAUAAAGGCGACGGCGUCAUCCUGCACCACGUCGAGUUCUGGUCCACGUUUUUUUACGCGUGCGUCGAGGCCUUUGCAUUAAUUUAUACACCUAGAGCGAUCUCGUCGAUCUCGGGACGGCCGACGUUGCUGAAGGUCCUACUUUUCUUCGACGUCGUCGCGACGUUCUGCCCCGCGGUCCUCGUCACGCUGAACCUCGAGGAGUUCGAGACCAUCGCCCAUCAAAUCGAAUACCUCAACGAGCUCACGAUGGCCUUUGUGAAUUUAGUACUGUUAGCGUCCUUGCUACGAAAGCCGGACUCGCCGCAGAAGGACGCGUCGACCUAUCAAAUAACGUUAGCGGCCCUAGCCAUCGCGUGCGUCCAGCUCGCGCUCUACGAUUUAUAUGGUAUGAAGCGCAUGGCCCACGUCUUCGAAUUUUCAUUUGGCACCGUCAGUGCGUUCGUGACCUUUGCGUUCUGCCUGGACAACCGAGCUCUGGCCGAGGACGAAGUAUUAUGCAUCAUGUACGGCGACCAUAGGGACUGCCCGAACUGCAACGUGCGCCAUAAAUCCAAGGCGGCGUUGAAGCACCGGGCGCGGUCGCUGUCGGGCGACGGGCGCUCUUAUAAUUCCUUCGGCGACGUUGGUGUUGGUGGCGUCGUGUAGGUCUUCUAAGUCGCUG